UUCAAGGUUAAAACUACCAAUCCAAAGAAAUAUAGUGUGCGCCCAAAUACAGGAAUUGUUCUUCCAGGAUCUACAUGUGAUGUGUUAGUUACAAUGCAAGCUCAAAAGGAGGCUCCUCCUGACAUGCAAUGUAAGGAUAAAUUUCUUGUGCUGAGCGUUAUUGCUGCCAGUGGAGCCACAAUGAAGGAUAUAACAUCUGAAAUGUUUAAUAAAGAACCUAAUAAGGUUGUUGAUGAGCUUAAGCUAAGGGUGGUUUAUGUUCCUGGAAGCCCUCCUUCGCCAGUCCCUGAGGAAACAGAGGAAGGAUCUUCCCCAAGGUCAAUUGAAUUAGAGAACGAAAUUCGGAAUUCAUCAAACCCUACAUCCAGAUCCCAUGAUGAACCUCUCAAAGAAAACUCCUCUGAGGUAACCUUUCUUAAUGAGAUUAUUUUGAGGUUUUCUAUUUUUUAAUUCUUAUCACUUUAC